GUAAUUGCAAACUUUUCAUUUUAAUCUUGAGGCAAAGCAUGAAUUUUCCUUGUGUAUUCAUUCAUGUAUAUUUGUGAUUUAUUUACACAGACAUUCGCCAACUCUGUUUUCAAAGGUGCCAAAUUUUCUUGUGAUCGUUUUCGCCAUGCAUUGUUGAGAGACUUGCGGAAGAUGGAUGUUCAACAGCUGUAUCUUCAUCUAGGCUCAAAUGACAUUCUUACGAAUGAAGCGGUGUUUUACCGAGAUGUAGCUGACUUGUGCGAUUUGGUGCAUCAGGAGGCGCACAAUCGGUGUCCAGAAUGCAGGGUUGUUUGCUCCAACGAAGACGCUUUGCUGAACCACUUCUGCAGUCGCCACAUCAAGCAACCAGAGACUGGAAAAGAGAGUAAAAUUAAGCUGAUAGGCUCACCAAUGGUAUGACUUUAAAUCACUAACUUGUGUAUGCUUGACAAGCAUUUUAUGUACAAAUAAAGUAACAAAAAAAGGGGGUCAACACAUGCACUUUCCCAUAUAAUGCUUUCUGUAUCUUUUAGCAACUAAUGACACGAUUUUGUGUUGACAUACUCAAUAUGAUAGUUAUAGCCCUAUAUAACUGGUAUGUUCAUUUUAGUUAAUCUUUCUAUUUUAUUAAACCUGUUUGUUUUAGCUAGAUUGCUUGAAAAACACA